AUGCAAGCAGUAGAUCGUAUGAAAGAAUUUUUCUCUUCUGAAAAUUGUGAGAUUAUUUACGGAGAACGACAUGUGCAAAGCUGGGAGUGGAACACUGCAGCGAUUCCUUUUUCUUUCAAAAGCUUUUCUGAAUUCGCAAGAUUUCUCUCAGAGUCAGAAAUAAAAUUUCAAUGGCUUAGUUGCCUUAGUGAAUACAGUAGUCUUGUAGCACCGGAAACGAAGACACCGACUGACGAUCUCAUCCGUAAGCUGCAAUUUCGAUCAUCAGAUGAGCAUCUGAUCCGCAUGCCACCUCGUCAACUUUCGAGUUACGUAGAAGAUGAUAGUCAUCGGCUUAUGCCAUGCUUCACCAAAUUCCAAAUAGAACGGAUAGAUCACUACACCGACUCAUCAGUUGUUACUCUGUUACUGGAUCGCCGUCUCAUUCUACCUACGAGAGCUCCGAUAAACAACCUACAAGAAGCGGAGAUGAAAACUUAUUGGAGAGACUCUAACACGCCUCACCACAUUUUCAAAGAGCCUCACAUCGAAAGACUUAGAAUCGUUCAUAAAUUUAAUGAACAUGGAAAAAUCAUUCAGUGGUUGUGGCACUAUGAAGAUAAUGACAUCUCAGAGCUUCCUAUUUUGUCGCCAGUGGAUAAAUUCUACCAAGACGUCCAUUUAAAAAUCACGACUUAUCUAAAUGAGUACAAUGAAGAAAGAAUCAGUCGAGCUGCAAACUCAACUCAUGUCAACCAAAAUACGGAACUUUCUAGACUGUUUGGCAUUUCUCCUAAAACAAUUGCUAUCUCUAAAAUUGAAAACUUUGACAAUUCGCAAAAAGCAGCGACACUAGCUGAUAAAUUGUCUUCGAAAAUAAUGGUUAAAAGAAAAGUAAAGAAAGAGCGAAAAUUGAGGUAUCCGUGGUGGCCCUCGAGAAUCGAUUUCGUCAGAGCUUCGCAAUGUCCUCAUCGUCUACAGGGGCCAGUUCUCAUGGCAGAACGCGACUUCAAGCACCCUGUUUUCUUUUACGGAACGCACCAGAUCUCCUGGAUCAACUAUGAAAAUUUGCGACCGCUAGAUUUUGAAAAGGCCAAGGAAUAUUGUGAUGGUAGAAAAAGAACAACAAAAAAGCUGAAGAUAGCUUUCCAGGAGGCGCUGACCAAACCAUGGGUAAAGCUUCAAUUCGGGGACGAAAACGGAGACUUUGUUAGAAAGGAAAGAUCAAAAACUCUCGAAUGGACUCAAAGAUGGAUAGAUGGCGCGACUGAAGAAGUGGAAAACGAGAAUGAAGACUGGCAAGCUUUGACGCGUGUUAAGCCUUUACAGUAA